GAGCUAAAGCAACCACGCACAAAGCGUUCACCCUUUGACGACGCUUCUCUUCUCCCCAGUUCUCACCUACUUCCUUUCCACGCCAGGGCCCGAGCUCCGAGCUAGGGUUUCCUCUCCCGCCGCCGCCGCCGCCGCCGCCGCCGGAGGGUGAGGAGCAGUAGGAGGAGGAGAUGGGGACGCCGGAGACGUCGCGGGAGCCGUGCCCGGACCGCAUCCUGGACGACGUGGGCGGCGCGUUCGGGAUGGGCGCGGUGGGCGGCUCCGUCUUCCACUUCCUCAAGGGCACCUACAACUCCCCCAACGGGAUGCGCCUGGCCGGCGGCGCCCAGGCCGUGCGCAUGAACGCGCCGCGCGUAGGCGGGAGCUUCGCCGUCUGGGGCGGCCUCUUCUCCACCUUCGACUGCGCCAUGGUCUACGCGCGCCAGAAGGAGGACCCCUGGAACUCCAUCAUCGCCGGCGCCGCCACGGGCGGGUUCCUCUCCAUGCGACAGGGCGCCGGCGCGGCCGGACGCUCGGCGCUCAUGGGCGGCAUCCUCCUCGCACUCAUCGAGGGCGCCGGGCUCAUGCUCAACCGCGUCCUCGCCAACCCGCAGAACCUCCCACCGCUGCCCGCCGACGACCCCAGCCUGGCCGCCGCCGGCGGCUUCCCGGGCCUGCCUCAGGCGCCGGUGGUGGCUCCUCCGGAGGCCGUGAGCUCGAGUGGUGGGUGGUUUGGUGGUCUCUUCGGCAAGGAGGAGGAGGAGAAGCCCGCCGCGGGCGGGGGCAAAUCGGAGAUCUUGGAGAGCUUCGACACGCCCAGCACCCCGAUACCGUCGUUCGAGUACAAGUGAGAAAAAGGUUGGCGGGUGGCACUGUCGCGGGUAGUCUGGAAUUGCUGUAGCAAAUCAGGAAUACAAUAACAGGCUGGACAAGAGAUGGAAGACUUGUUCGAUAAACUUAUUCAUGCGCCGCUCUUCCUUCACGGCUCAUAUCUAUGCACCCCUCCUGUGUAUGUAUAAGCCUUUUUUGCGUGGGAAGUUAGCAACUUUUUGCAAAAUGUUGUUGUACUAGCAUUAGCAGCAGCAGUAGCGCUUGCGCUUCCUAUAGUAUUCGUGUUGUGCAAUGUACUGCACUUGAGAAAGCCUUAUGCUGUGCAUCAGGCUGGCACAGCCUUCUGAAUUGACAAUUUUUUUGAGUCGAGUUGUUUCACUGCA